AGCGGAGAAGAAGCAUGCGAACGAUUUCUCCUCUUGCAGCUGGUGCGCCACGAGUUCAGUUCAGAUUUCUAAGAAAUCGGUGGACAUUCGGGAGUUGAGAAGGCCUAAUUAAACAUUAGAUUGGCUAAUUUGGACUACUUGGAAUUAUUGAUAAGGCUUGUUAAGGAGUCCAAACAGUGGUUAACACGUAAGAUUGGGUUCUAGGAGGGCUGUUAUGAUAACUGUGAUAUAUUUGUCUUGAGAGCUUAGUAGCAAGCCAGUGUAGUUGACAUACGACUGAUAAAUGGGGUAGUUACCGACUGAACACGGUCGCACUGAUAUUAAUUCCCCUUUGAAAUGAAGACAGAGAAACCUGAAUUCUUGGAUCCACUAACGCACAACUCGCACGGGGAGCGGAAAACAGUAACGACGCUCCGCCGACGGCGCAUUCCUUAAAAGCGGCACCAAUCGCGAUCACAUUGGAACGUCGCUUUUCAAUUUUCGGCUACUGCCCUUAGGCACGGCCACAUACAGCACCAUGGCUAACUGUUCAGCAAAUGUCACCUGCUACGUGGACUUGACACCGGACUUUGGCUUAAUGCUUAGGAGCGUCACCUUAGGCAUGGUCCUGUUUACCCUUUGCCUUUUUACCGCCAUUGGCAAUGCAGGAGUACUGUACGCAGUAAAAACGGAAAGGCGACUUCAAACAGUGAGCAACAUGUUCAUAGUGAGCCUGGCGGUAUCAGACCUGAUAGUGGGAGCGAUCGUCAUGCCCAUCAGCGCCACCUAUAUUCUAACAGAAGACUGGUACAUGGGAGAGUACGUGUGUAAGACAUGGCUGGCCAUCGACUACACGGCCAGCACGGCGUCCAUCUUUAACAUUUUCAUACUGAGUCUUGACCGUUAUUGGUCAGUGACGACCCCACUUAAGUACUUGCGUAAAAGAACAAAAAAGAGGGCCUCCAUCAUGAUAUGCACUGCAUGGGGUCUGUCAAUGUUUUGGAUUUUUCCAAUAUUCGGGUGGCACUAUGUCGUAAACGACGGGAAGAAACAUAUACCCGACAACGUAUGUGAUACGGAGUUCGCUUCGAACGCUGUGCUCAAAGGUACAAGUGCAAUUAUCAAUUACUAUCUACCCUUAACCGUGAUGUACGUUAUGUACGGUCAGAUCUAUAGCACUAUUAGGCAAAGGUACAAACUUGAGGUUGGCCGAGCCAAUGUUCCAAAGUACCUCACGCAACGGUUGAAUAAAAGGGGCAAAAUAGAAAGCUCUGUCUCUGACGUGAACGAGGCCAGCCAUCUCACUAAUAGUUCUUGUGGUGGAGCCAACCACGAGACUUAUUCAGUAAAAUUCACCAGUCGCAACGGGACAGUUCACUACUUCAGCGGGCCGACAAGGUCUGGUAGUAAAAACGGUUACGGAACGACCCGAACUCGAUCUUCGCCGCUUGUCAAUGAACAUAAGCCACUACGCCGCCUUGUUAACGGGAAUAGGUCAUCUCCAGAAAUGUUCACCGAAAAGGAGUCAGAUUGCUCCACAUACAGUUCAAUCCCAGAAAAAUCUACCAUACAUGUGCAUGUAGAUAAUUACGCGCCGGUUCUGGAAUCGGUUUCCAGUUGCUCAUCAUCGGUAAGCGGGAAACAGGGAAUAACGGCGGCCAAACGGCAAAGGCGCGGCUCGAGUCCUUUCGUACACCAGAACGUCUCUAUCACUCGUUCCGCCUCCUGGAGCGGACCAUUUCAUCAGGUGCGUGGGUCUAGCCAACACCACCACCAACGCAAUGCCAGUAAUAAAAUAGAUAGCCCAAAGACGUCCACUUCCUCCGGUGAAACCAUUCACAAGGAUGCUUCACCGAAACCCAUUCUCAAAUCCGCCUCGAACAAAGUGAAGCAUUCAGCGUUUAUUCAGCGGGAGUUGAAAGCAGCGCGCCAGCUCGGAGUCAUCAUGGGCGCUUUCACCGUCUGCUUUCUGCCGUAUUUCAUCCUGUUUCUCGUGGUGGCUGUUUGUCAAAACUGUAUCGAACCCGGCGUCCUGAUUGCUAUGACGUGGGUGGGAUACCUGAACUCCAUGUUUAACCCGCUACUGUACGCUCUCUGCAAUGACAACUUUAAGUGGAAGUUCAAAAAGAUGCUAAACAUGAACAACACGACUAUUGUUAGGUCGAACAGUUUACAGAGUCGUAUCACUGGGAGACGUAGUGUUAGCGGCAAAGACAGGGAGAAAAUACAUACUUGGCAUUAUAAGGUUAAGUCAGUUGAACUCACUCACCUAAAACCAUGUCUGUAACCAGUUACUUAUUUAUGCGAUCUUGUUUUUAAUGAUUUUUAAAAAUCAAAAUGUGUUAUACAAAAAGAUAAAUAGCUAAUCGGAUAUUUCGAUUGCGCUUGGAUGUCCCGGAUCAAUAAUGCGAGGAUUGUGUUAGCGGCGAUUGUGUUAGCGAUGAUCACGCCCGACUAUAGCUAUUUGGUCAACUUGGGUUGUUGUGCUUAGAUGAACAGGAUGAGCCCAUUCUCCGAUAGUGUGUUACACAUAAGGAUUUUUUUAAAUCAUUUUCUAGUGUAAGAAUGCUUAUGGACCAAACUUCAGUUUGGACACGCAACACGAGUUAUGAACCGAAAAAUGGAACAGAAUCCGACAAUGCACUUUAGCUUUAUUGAUCGCUUAGCCUGUAAACCGAGAUAACAUUUCAUUUUAAAGCAGAGAAAAUAAAAUGAUGCUCAUUACCACUGAUCACUUAUUAUGAAGUACAAAUAAUGUGGGAGAAAACCUGAGAGGGGCAUUUUUACAUUAUAUGCUUUAAUAGCGUGCCUCUCGUUUGCCGGAAGAGUUACUAUUAUACCAAAUGUUCACAGGUA